AAGAGGCGGUUGUUGUGGUUUGGUUGCUGAGCUGCGCUCUGGACACACAGAGCUGUGAAACAGAGAUGAUAACCUGAUCAGCGACCUGCACAAAUCAGCUUUUCUGGGUGUCAGGGAUGAAGAACAAAAGGACGAAGUCUACCAAGUUUGGAAGUAGCAGAAAGAAAGUCAUCAGUGAUGUUUCCCCUUCCACGAGCAUUCCUCCUCUUGUGGAGGGUCAGGUGCGAUGCUUCUUAAGGGUCACAGUAAGCAGAGUGCUGUGGACAAUAAGCAAGCCUCCCCCGCUGACCCUGGUCCGCUUGCGAUGGUGGGGUGAAUCGACCGGCGGAACUCUGUUCUGUCCCAGAGACGGGUCCCUCACUCGACAGAAGGAUGUUAAGUCCACAAGCCGCUUUCCAGUCCGAUGUGGACCCAAGCAGUUCACUUCAUAUCUGACAGAUAUGGGCUCCUUGGUGUUGGAUGUUCUUACAAAGCCUGAUCACUUACCUAUAGCACGAGUUCAGAUAGCUGGGAUUGCCAGAUUGUCACUUUCACAUUCCAUCCAUGGGUUUUUUACCCUUGUUUCACCAACAUCUGAAAAACUUGGGGAGCUUCAGGUCACACUGGCCUUAGAGCCACUUACAGAAACUUAUGACAGCAGCAGCUCAGUGCCAACCACAGACAUGAGCUUUGACGCUGCAUUGUCUGCUCCUGGACUAAUACCUGACCAAAACAUGCAGGCACCUCCAUUGUCCCACUACGGACCAAGCAAAAGUGGGAAAGAGUCAGUUGGAGGCAGUUCCAACAGCACACCAAGGGGGAAGGAUCACCUGUACUUUCAAGAAAGGAGAAACUUUCCCAUCAGAAGCCGGUCACCCCCGAAGCCAGAUGAUAUUAUGCUGCACCAAAAAACAAGGUUUGCUGGACAAGGAGCUGUAGUUAACACAGGUGUGCAGGAGAUGAGUGAUCCAGAUGCCCACAUAGCCUCAGGAGACAAUCAGGCAUCUAUUGAUCUUCUCUCUGUUCUUCUUGAGCGUGGUAGCAAGCUUAGAAAUGCAAUGGUGGUUUCAGCACUGAAGUCUGACAUGGAUUCUGACAUUCUGAAAGAUGCUCCUUUGCCUCUGCCAAGAGGCAACAUUGGUGCUGCUCCAUUAAUGCCACUGCUGCCCUCAUCAGGGCAUUUGCUACAGAACAUCCUCCACUCCGACCUCCAGCACUCAUCUCAGGACCCUGAUCUCCUUAGGCCAGAGUAUACCACAGAUACUCAUGAUGCAGCUGUGGAUCUGCUGCUGGGAAGCGUGAAUAGAUCUGUGCUUCCCAUAUGGGAUGGAGAUGGUUCCCCGCCAGGCUCUCUCUCGGGUUGUAGCAGUGUUCUCUUGGACAGUGAACUUGGUGAUCCGCAAUAUGACCAGAGCCUUCUGGAGAACCUGUUCUACAAAACUCCAAAGUCUGACAGCUGUUUGAGUGCAAGAGAAGAUGAUUAUCAGAGGAAACCAAGCUCAGAAAAAAAUAACAGACUUGGUUCAGAUGCUGGGCAGCAUGGAAGACCUAAAGAUGUGCUCCCUGGCCUCAGUGUCGAUAGGAUUGCACUUCUUGGAAGCAUCCAUUUGGCCAGAGUUAUCAUCCUUCAGUUAACAGUCCCCACAGACAGUACCUCUAACAUACCAAGGAAGCUCUCAGGGAAAGGAAGACCACCUCGACCUCUUACUACCAAGAAAUGCUCGUAUUUUGUGGAAUAUCUCUUUCCACUAGCACUUACUACUAAUGAAGCGGGGUUGGCAGUGCCUGCGGAGGUCACGCGAGUUGUCUCCAGUAAAGUUGUGGAAGGAGUGGUGCACUUUCAGCAGCGGAGUGUCUUUCCAGUGCACUUCAAUGGGCCCACUAUUAAACGAUGGUGGGACACAAGCCUUACAUUCAAAGUCUACUGCAGGAAAAGCUAUCAAAAGAAACCUGUUCCCAUAGGAACAGCUGUGUUCCCCUUACGCACUUUACUUGAGAGUGACCGGCUGACUAUCACCACUGCUCUUCCUGUCCAAAAGUUGGACGAAGACUCAGACAAACAGGAUGUUGGGCCCCUCAAGGUCUCAUUUGAGCUGGCAGCAGACAAGAAAGACUUCUCCUCCAAGAGCAAAUCAGGAAAGACAGCAUUGAGUCCAGGUGCGUCUCCACGGAAAACUCCUGCCCCUGAAGUUUCUACUGGGCCACAGAUUGAUGAGUACUGUGGAGACUUUCCACCUAUCUUUGAGAGUGAUCGCCGAAGAGACCCCUCCCCCUCAGCAGUUCCUCAAGUCCAGAACAUCCUGAUGCCCCGGACUGGGCCUCAGUCCACUUCCCCCCGAAGCAGAGUUCAAAACUCUCCCCAUAAACUCUCUCAGAGUGCAGAGGAUGAAGAGAGUGGCAUUUUACUUCAUACCCUGCUCAUGGUGCCAGAUGGGAAGGAUUUCAGCUGCGCACCCAUGCAGCCCAAUGUCUACUUAAACUGUAAGCUGUUUGGGUCUGAGGAGACCACACGGUCUGUAGUCAGCUGGGGUCAAGUGCACCCGACUUUCAACUUGGUUCAGGUUGCACCAGUGGCUCUCAACUCCAAACUAUUGGAGAGGAUGAAGAAUAAUAUGAUGGUCAUAGAAGUUUGGCUCAGAGCAAGCAGCUCAGAUAAUGAUAAACUGCUUGGGCUGGUCAAACUACCUCUUCACCAGUUCUACAUGUCAUUCAGAGACCCCAAGAUUUCCCAGCUGCUCCUGAAGGCUCAGUAUCCAGUGUUGGCAGUGGACAGCUACAUGCCGGUAGUGGACAUCUUCACAGGUGGAACUCGUGGGAGCCUGAGGGUGUGUCUGGCCAUGGGCCUGGCCCAGCAGAUCACAGCUCUCCAGCGUAUGAGAGAUGAGGAACUGGCCUCUGUUUCUCAGCUGCCCAGACCUGUCCACCUGCUGGACCACAGGCCCGCUCCAGACAUGAAGGCGAAUACUGCUCCCCCUGCUGAGGCUCUGAACGAGCAUGUCUUUCUGGUCAGGGUUGAGAGAGUGAAGGGACUGACACCACUACAGUCCACUGUAUGGGGAGAAGCAGACUGCUACGUCCAGUACUCAUUUCCCGCUCAGGAGGAGGACGCCAGUGAGGACGUCGACCCCCAUGUUGUGGAGAGCAGUAAGCAGCUGCCCAACAGUGUAAAUCUGAAGUCAUGUCGAACUGCUACCACAUUGUGCGUGCCUGAUCCUGUGUUUGGACACUGUGAGACCCACGUGCUUUUGGCACCCCCUGCUAUUCCAGUGCAGAGACUGCUGCUCAGCUCUCUGGCAAGCCAGGGUCAAAGCAGUGGAGGAGGAAUCCAGUUCGAAGUGUGGUGCAGGUAUUACUACCCAAAUGUUCGAGAGCAGCUGGUAGCCAGAGGGGUUCUGCCUGUGGCCAAGCUGUGUGCCAUGGUGACGAUGCAGAGACAGGGCCAAACGGAGGCCCAGCUUUUCUCCCUCCCACUGAUACCAAGAACCGACAGGCCUGCUGAUGUCCAGCCUCAGCCCUCAGGGCUACUUGACGUGAGUGUCCAGUACAAAACUCGGCCGGUGAGGAGGAGUCAUGGUUUGAAGAGUGGCGCUGUGGCGUCCCGUGUGGUGAACUUGGUUGUGCAGGUACACAGAGCCGCUGGACUACAGGCUGCAGCACGGGCUCUAGCACUGCAGUACUACUCGGAGGUUGGAGUCAACUCCUUCGUCACUGUGCAGCUGUCCUUGCUGUCGGAGAGGGAGAGCCGGAGCACGCGUGUGGCCGCCAAGAGCUUCUGCCCAGACUUUGAGCAUCAUGCAGAGUUCUGCUGUCAGCUGAUGGUGCAGAGGGACACGGGUGAAAGUGUGAGCCUGGCUGAGCUGCUGCAGGAGGCUGUGGCGGUCUUCACCGUCUACAACAGAGACACGCGCAAGGCAGUGGAUGCAUCGAGACCUAAGGACAGUGUUUUGGGCUCAGUGAGAAUUCAUCUAGCAGACCUGCUUCGUAAAAGAACAGGCAUAUCUGGCUGGUUUGGUCUUUCUCUUCCUCCGAGCGUGUCGUCACAUUGCAGCUUAACCUCAGUCGGGGGUCUUGAACUCUCCAUCCACUUUGCCCAUCAUGCAGACCGAGAGCGAGUCUUCAGUUCAGCCCGGCUCCUGGGAUGGGAAGCUGAGAGAGACAGUGAAGAAGAAGAGGAAAGAGACUUUUCUUCAGAGACCUGCCAGUCAAUGGUGUUAUCGAUCUCCAUGCCAAGAGCCUGGCUGCCUGUCCAUUGCCUGCUGCUGCCAGGUCACAGUGAGCUCCAGCGAUCUACCUACUGUUAUUACAGAUACAAACUGUAUGAGCAGGAGGCCUUCUGCUCCGAGCUGAAACACCCAGCCCUGGAGGAGGGCGAGGAGGACUCUGACUCAAGCCUGGCCACAGUAGCAUUUCCAGGUAACUGGACCAUUGAGCUGAGGAGGAGUCAGCCCCUACGCUGGUACCUGAGGGAGGAGAGGCUGGAGGUGCAGCUGUGGGUCUGCUUUGGGAAGGAGAAAAGAGUAAGGCCUCACGACUCAGACCGCCUGGUGGGGUCAGCCUUCAUGGAUCUUUCAGCACUGGCAACGGCUUCAAAACGCAAGCAGACAAUAAGUGGUAUGUACCCUUUGUUUAAGCGUUCUGCUGCUGAUCUCGGUGGAGCCGCACUAAGAGCCCACAUCACUGCCACCACAGGGUCUGCCCCACCCUCAGGCCCAAUCUUCACUGAGGAGGAGGACCGUCUCAACAGCCCAGGAGAAGAAGAGGAGGAAAGAGACGGACAGUCCCGUGGUCUGGAGAGUGGAUCAAGACGGUCUCGUGUCUCUAGCAGACAGCACACCAAAUCAGCCAUGAGCUCUGAGCCACCACCACCAUCCCGCGGUACUGAGCUCAGCGAUGACGAGUCCUUCACGGCCACUGUCAGUGUGGAGAGAGCCAUGCACCUCAGCUUGAAAGGAUGUCCUCUAGCUGAACGUAGUGGUGGUCUCCCCAGCUGCUGUGUCUCUUAUGCCACAGCUGAUGCCUCUGGUACAGUGAGCACAGAUGUGGUGCAGGACAGCGACUGCCCUGUGUGGGACCACCAGCAGGAAUGCAGGCUUUCAAAGGAGCUACUUGUGGAUCCGCAGCAGUCACUGGUAUUCAAAGUCUGGCACAAAGGAGACAUGGAGCGAGUAAUAGGCUUCGCUUCAGUAGACCUGUCCCCGCUUCUCUCUGGCUUUCAGUCCGUGAGUGGCUGGUACAACAUCACAGACUUCAGUGGACAGUGUCAGGGGCAGCUCAAAGUGUCGGUGUCUCCUCUGAUGGGUGUGCACGAGCUCCGGGCUCAGAGACAGGCUCUCUGUGAAAACACUACCACUGACUCAAGCUCUCUGUUUAGUGCCUUGCCACUGUGUUAUCAAACCACAGCUGUGUACAGCAACUUCCCAAGCCACAUCAGUCGGUUUUCUGAGCAGAGGAUCAGCACUCCUCCGGAACACCUGGACAGACUGUUCUCUGCCAGGUCUAGUGUGACUGAUCGUCAUGAUGAGCACAUGGACAACAUUCGCCGGUUCCAUCACGCCCUGCAGGAGGCCGAGAGCGCCCCACUGCCGUCCUGUGCUGGAGACACCCACCCGUCCAGCUCCGCCCUCUUCUCAGCCCUCAGGAAAAACCUCAGUGAACUGGAUGAUAUCCAAAAGUACUUCAGUCGCAAGUUGUCCACGCCAGUGUUUUCAGGGCUGGGCGAGCAGGGCCGAGGCUCCAGGCAGGAGGAGCACAGGGACUCUGAAACAGGCACUGCUCAUCUACUGCUCAAGUCCAACCAACUGGUGGGAGAAGUCAACAACAUUAUUAGAGGUCUAAGGGAACAUCAGACUGAAGCAGCAUCUUCAAACCCUCAGCAGAGCCCAUCCACACCUGCUGAAAAGGACGGUUAUGUUUUCUCUGCUGUGGAUCGUUUAACACUUGCGGAGUCGGAAAGCUGUGACACGGAGAUCUGCUCUCCGAAAGAGCCAGAGAGCAGAACGGAAGGCAUCUCACCCCUCACCACUCCUACUUCAGAAGAAACAAGCCAUUCCCCCAUCCCUGAGGCUGAGGAGGUGCACCAGGGCAACAGGUCAAGUGAUGAUGAGGAUGGGCAUAAACACAAGAGUGAAGCAGUAGAGGAAGAGGAAGAAGAGCAGUUUGAGGAGACAUUGGUAGAACCUCGACCGCUGAACGAGGUCACCUCAGUCACGGACAGGACCAGCCCCUGGACUAGUGUGCUGUCCGAUCCUGAUCUCAGCUCUUUGGAGAGUCUGGAGGUGGUGGAGCAGCCGCUCUGGAACUGUACCAGCAUUUCAAAGAAGAGAGACAGUGCAGUUUCUCUUCCAUCUGCUCCCUCACAGCCUUUUACUGCUCAGUCUGCUGAUGACUCAGAGUUUUCUGAUGAUUUUGAAUCAGGUGAGGAUGCAGAGGCAGCUAGAGAUGUACAGAGUGUUUGUGAAGAGCACAGCGAUGAACAGGAGACUUUUGCUGAUGGUCUGCAUGAGGAUUCCAUUCAGGACACCAGGCAGAUAGCAGGUCAUGAUCAGCAUGACACGUCUGACUCUGAAGAGGACUCACCACAAGCUUCCAGCAAGGGAUUUAACACAAAGGCAAACGGUGGUGAAGGUGAUGAAGUGAAAACAAAACUCUCUGAAUCUGUAGAGAUUCCAAACUUCUUCCUUCCAUCUCACCACUUGGAGGCUUCUAUGAGAGCUUUGCGUUUAGCUCCUGUCUUCCCUUCAGCUUCCUCUGAUCCAGAGAAUGUGAAGUCUGAUGUUCCAUAUCAUAGAGUGACUCGGCCAAGGCCCAACAUCCCUCCAUCAUCGGCGAAGAGAGAAGAAACCAAAAGAAUAGCGAAAAUAUUCGCUUCACAUUUUACAGAGGAAAGUUAGCAGUUUUAUAGACUGUUUUUGCUUUUUUAUGUUUGUUUUGUGUGUAGUAUAUUUCUGAAUAUUUAUUUGGUGAUUUUUUUUUUAUUUAUUUGAUUUAAUAAUGUCCAAAGCUCAGAGAUAGUAGCUGGAUAAUGUGAUGAAUAAGAAAGGCUGUUUAUUUGCUGUAUGAAUGUAUUAAUUUUAUUUUUCUAAAUAAAGAAAUUUGUAUUUGUAGGA